UUGGUGCUCGAAUAUGAUUCCAAACUUGGCCUAGGAAUCACUCAUUUAGUUCAUCAGUUUGGCCUUUCCACUAAAAGUAGAAAAUAUAGACCCGGAUUCAAAAUCGUUUUAAAAAAUGGCCUUCAAAUGCGGCUGCAGUCCACCGUUACCAUCGCCCGACGUGGAUAACAGGAGCGUCUUUUGCUCGGGUCCUUUGCUGGAUCGUGUUCAGCGAUCGAACAUGUUUCCCGACAGUAAAUAUUUCGUGGACAUGAGCUGUAUCUAUUCACCCGCCCAGACUAUGGCCGAUUAUGAGUUGUUCAGUAAUUGUUCCAGAAACGAUGGCUCCCUGGAGUUCCUGCAGAUGUUUGUUGAGAAACACUUUAAUCCGCCCGGUUCGGAGCUGGAACGAUGGACCCCUACGGACUGGAAGCCCCAUCCAUCGUUUCUCGGCAGGAUCUGCGAUCCGGAAAUGAAGCAAUACGCUGCCGAAAUCAACGAACUCUGGAAGCAGCUGGGGCGACGCAUUAAAGACGAUGUCCAAAGGAAUCCGGAUCUCUAUUCUAUUCUCUACGUACCCAAACCCUUUAUUAUUCCCGAUACGGGAUGCCGUGAAUAUAGCUAUUGGGGGUCCUUCUGGAUCAUAAGAGGUCUCCUUCAGUGUGGCAUGCACCAAACGGCCCGCGGUAUGAUUGAGAACUUUUUGGUGCUGGUUCAGCAAUAUGGUUGUGUGCCAGCCUGUGGCAGAAUUUACUGUGCCGAUCGGACACAGCCGCCGCUUCUGAUAAUGAUGAUGAAGGCCUAUGUGGAGGUGACCAAGGAUGAGCAGUUUGCCAUCCAAGCACUGCCGCUGCUGGAAACCGAGUUCGAGAACUUCGUGAGCCAACGUUCAAUUGAGGUGAAGGGCAGGACAAUGUAUCAAUACCGGUCUGUAUCCAAUUCUCCUGGACCACGGCCCGAGGCCUAUAAUGAGGAUUUGGAGAUGGCAGAGAAAAUAGAUGAUGAGUCGGUUCGUGAGGAGUAUUACACCGAAUUAAAGUCGGCCUGUGAAUCGGGACAGGACUUUAGCUCCCGUUGGUUUGUGGCCAAAUGUGGCAGCAAUGAAGCCCUUCUCACCGAUACCAAGCCCUCGGCUAUUGUGCCCGUUGAGCUUAAUGCCAUCAUUUUUCGAAGUGGCAAGAUACUGGCCGAGUUUAAUCGCAAGGCGGGCAAUGCCAAGAAGGCCGAAGAGUAUCAGGAUCGAUCCUGUGUCCUAGUGAAGGCAAUUCGCGAUGUCCUGUGGAAUAGCCAGGCCGGCAUUUGGCUGGACUACGAUGUGGAGAACAAACAGUCUCGCAAUUUCUUCUGCUGCACCAAUUUUGCCCCCCUAUGGGCCCGGGCCUUCCCCUUGAUCGACACCGACAAGGUGUCCAAGGGUGUGAUGGACCACAUCAAGUGCUAUAAGCUGGACGAUCUAUUUGGCGGAAUUCCGCACACAUUGAACAAAAAGGCGGGUGAGAAGUGGGAUUAUCCCAAUGUGUUUCCGCCCAUGAUGUUCAUGGUCGUGGAGGGGCUGGACAAUCUGGGCACUAGGGCCUCCAAGGCCAUGUCUAGGCGAUGGGCUCACCGCUGGGUCAAGUCUAAUUAUGAUGCCUUCAGAACGCAGGGCAUUAUGUUCGAGAAGUAUUCCUGCGAGGAAUUCGGGACAUCCGGAGGAGUCUGUCCUUCUCAAGCGGCUGUGGGUUACGGCUGGAGCAACGGAGUGAUCAUCGAGUUCCUGUGCAAGUACGGAAGGGAGAUCAACAUGUCCGACGACGACGAUAAGGCUUGCCAGUGCAAGUCGGGCAAGAAGAAGGAGUCGUUCGUUAUCACCAGCCAGGCGAGUAUGGAGACAAAUGAGAAAGCCUUUCGUGCGACCACAAGUGCCAAGAGCAUGGAGAAGAAGAAGUCCUGUUUAUGUGGGGAUCUGCUCAGCAUGACCACAGCGGUAAUGGGGGCCCAGAGUUCAGCCUUCCGUCCGGCCUCCAGUUCGAAGAGUAUGGAUAAUAGGAGGUCCUGCACUUGCGGCCCGAUGGCCAGCAAAUCCACAGCUACCCAGGGUUCGGAAAAUUACGGUCCGCAUCGUGACUGCACCUGCGACGAUUCCCAAUCUCAAGUGGAAUCGGUGCAUACACAAAAGCAACCCGUUAAUGAAUGCAACUGUUGCGGAGGAAGAUUUCCGUGUUGCGGUGCUACAAAAUAUCCAAAGAAAUGCCAGCAUCAGGAAAUUCCUGAAUGCUCCUGUGACAUUACCCGAACUCAAAUGGUGCCGGUGCAGCUAGAAAAAAUUGAUCAUUUUCCCGACUGUCCAUGUUACCAUGAUCAAAAACGAAAGUCAAGUUCGAAAUCAGGUUCCCGUUCUCCCAGUAAACAUAAGCAGAAGACACCCAAGGAGGAGAAGCCACCGAAGGAGGAGAAGCAUCCAAAAGAGAAGCAUUCCAAAGAGGAGAAGCAUCCCAAAGAGGAGAAGCACCCCAAAGAGGAGAAGCAUCUGAAAGAGAAGCAGUCAAAGCAUGAGAAACAUCCUAAGGAGGAGAAGCAUCCCAAGGAGGAGAAGCAUCCAAAAGAGGAGAAGCAUCCGAAGGAGGACAAGGCGGCAAAGCAAAAGAGUUCCGGUCCGAUUUGCUCAUGCCCGACGGAAGUGCAGAAGGGUCGUACCGAGGAGAAACAAAAGAAGGCAUCUGAUUCCGGAUCGACUUGCCCAUGUCCAAAAGAAGUGCAGAAGGGAACUGUCAAGCAGGAGAAAUCGACCGAAUCUCAUAAGAAAGCUGCUAAGGAGCAAAAGGAGGCGCACGAACAGGCGUCACGCGAGUCAACUAAGAAAGAACGCCACCAAAAGUCAGAACACAAGGAACCCAAGGAACACAAGGAACACAAGGAACACAAGGAACACAAGGAACCCAAGGAACACAAGGAACACAAGCAGGCAGCUGACAAGAAGAAGGGUGACAAAGGGGAAUGCCCUUGCGAGGUGGACAAGGAGAAGCUGCGUCAGGAGCAGCAGGCCAAUCUAGUUGGUCACUAUGCUCCUUUGGCCGAUGAAGUCGAGGACGAAUGUCCGAAGAAACCGCCCAAGAAGCAAAAAUGCUGUGACUGCAACCAAAACGAUGAAUCCGAUGAUGAUGGUAUAGAAUGCGGCGAGCGGGGUACUACUCCGUCGACCACAGAUACCUCGCCACCAAUACCGAGUGCUACCACUAGUUGUUCGUGCGCGCCAGGAUCGCCGGAUUCAACAACACAGGUCCAAGAUUCACAAAACAAAGCUUCCGAUGAUUGCGCGUGUUCCCAUUCAUACAGUCCAGGAGGAUAUUCUUCAAGUACGCAUAGCAAAGUACAGCAGAACCAGCCCAAACAGGCCGGUUCGCCGCCGCAACAGUACAGACUAGCCGAUCCAAAUUCGUGCACAGAUGUUGCAGGCAAAGGAGCUCAUCCCCAAGGAAGCCAGUACAACUUGUCCAGAUCUCCGCCGCAGCAGACUAGAAUUAACGAGGAGUGCUCAUGUUUUGGAAGUCCAGAAGGGUACUCUUCAGGAGGAUAUGGUUCAGGAGGAUAUGGUUCAGGAGGACAUGGUUCAGGAGGACAUAGUUCUGGAGAAUAUGGUUCAGGAGGAUAUAGUUCAGGAGGAUAUGGUUCAGGGGGAUAUGGUUCAGGAGGACAUGGUUCAGGAGGACAUGGUUCAGGAGUAUGUGGUUGUGGAGGACAUGGUUCAGGAGGACAUGGUUCAGGAGGACAUGGUUCAAGAGGACAUGGUUCAGGAGGACAUGGUUCAGGAGGACAUGGUUCAGGGGGACAUGGUUCAGGAGGGCAUGGUUCCAGAGAAAGACAUGGUUCACCAGGACAUGGCAAAAGAAACCGAUCCAAGUCAAAGUCUAGAGGAUCUGACACAUGUUCAUGUUGUGGCAGAGGUCGUAGGUCGGGCGAAGGCCGUACUCCGAUGGAACAGAACAUGCCUAUCGAUGAUUGUCCAUGCUUUGUAAAGAAUAUUGGUGCCGAUGAUAUUUGGUGUCCGCCGUGUACAGGAGCACCGAAUUGUGGCUUACAAGUGAGCAAAUGGAAAAGUGGAAAUAAUCAAUCGUCAACCUUCAUCUGCCCGCACUGCGGUGGCGGCUAUCCGGACGCCGCACCCAAGCCCCCCAUGCAAACCGGGGGCAACAGGCAGAGGGACAGCUGUGACUGCUCCAAUGUCCAUUUGAAGGGUAUGUCUACCAUGGGCCUACAGAGGGGCUGCUGCGCAGACCAAGCCGCCCAUCAACGCUCUCGGGGGAAGAGUCGUGCUCGUGCGGUCAGAGGGGGCAAGGUCAAGGCAUGCCCAACCUUGGAGCACAGAGGAGUAAUAACCAGAUGGUUAGGCCAGCACCACAACAACAACAACAACAACAACAACAACAACAGGCGCCGACGGAGAAGUUUUGCGAUUGUCAUACUGAAUCUAGUGGCCAAUGUUCACCUAUUCCUGCUCCAAAGAACUAUACGGUGCCCUGCUACGGACCACCAGAUGAUCCAAGACCUCCUGGCUGUCCAAAAAGCCCACGAUCGUGUUGUGGAUCACCUAAACGAUCGUGUUGUGCAGGACACCGAUCAACUUGUAGUUCGGGUCAACGAUCAAGUUCUGGACCAAGUCCAAGGUCAGUUAGAUCUGAGCAGACGGUAAGAUCUCCUCCAGGCGCUGGGCAAUCUGGCAGCCCUGGGCAAUCUGGCAACAAGCGCGCUGGCGGCACCCAGUGCGGUCCCUGCCAGCCCCACUCGCCGGAGAACUACACGCCAGGAUAUGGACCCUUACCCACGUACAACAAGCAGUUCCCGCUGAAGGACCCCGUUAGCACUGAAGCAUUUUGUAUUCAGAAAAAAGAGAAGAAAAAUGCUGCAAAUGUGAACCGAAGAAGGAGGAAGAAUAGGCUUAUGGAUGGACCCCGAAAUACCAUAGGAUCAAAGAAAGGACCAAACUGAAGAACUUUUACUAAAUUUAUGUAUACCAAAUUUGUCGUGCUCUUCUAAAAUCUUUCAGCAUGAAGGCUCCUGUCUUUCGAAGUGAGGUGUGUUUAUCUUCCUUAAGACCUCACUUUGCUUUGCCUACAAGUACUAUCCAUCGGCUAAUCCAAGUUCUAAGUUUUUGAUUAUAUUCUUCAAACGCA